GUUUUGCAUUUACCUUUAUUUUGCUGAGCUGCAAAUAAAAUGAAUUUUAAAGUCGUUUAUGUGACAGUUGGCACCACAAAAUUCGAUGCACUCAUCCAAGUAAUGACAUCAGAACCGGUUCUAUGCGCAUUAGCUGAUCGCAAAUGCCGGAAACUUGUUUUGCAGCACGGAAACUCGACGCCGGUAGAUGAGGCGGAACUGAAGCUUAUCGCUAAGAAGCAUAUCAUCGAGGUGGAACAGUACAAGUUUCGUCCAAAUGCUGAGGAUAUUCGGGCAGCAGACAUGAUCAUUGGACACGCAGGUGCCGGCACUUGCAUGGAUAUAUUGAACAACGGCAAGCCUGGAUUAAUCGUCGUCAACGAUGAUCUUAUGGAUAAUCACCAGCUUGAAUUGGCACGUCAGUUGGCCUCCGAGCAGUAUUUGUAUUAUUGCAAGGUGAACCAGGUGGCCGACAGUCUUGUCAAUCUGGACUUUGGAGCACUGCAGCCUUACGAGAAAGCAACAGAGAAUAUGCAAAAGUUUGUGGAUGCCUUGAAUGAACUGAUGAGACAUUAGCCAAGUUGGUUUUAGCCCAGACGCCUGGAGAGGGCGCUUAAGCUAUGUAUAUAUUUAUUUCUGAUUAAACACGAUGAACGAUUACAUAAUAAGAAGAUUAGGCAAUAUGAUGCGGCUGGCUAUACGAUACAUAAAUUCAUGAUUAUUAAACAUUUAUAGAACAAUUA